UUGAGUGAGACAAGUGAUUGAAAAAUGGCAUCCGCGACGACGUCGCACAAUGAGGUUUCACAGGAAUUUUCUGUCAAUAAACUUAUUCGUGUCGGUUAUUACGAAUUGGAAAAAACUAUUGGCAAGGGAAAUUUUGCUGUUGUUAAAAUGGCUACCCAUGUUGUAACUAAAUCUAAGGUUGCUAUUAAAAUUAUAGACAAAACAAAGUUAAAUGAAGAGAAUUUGGCUAAAAUUUUUCGUGAAGUACAUAUAAUGAAACGAUUAAGACAUCCACAUAUUAUAAGAUUAUAUCAAGUAAUGGAAACAGAAAAGAUGAUAUAUUUAGUUACCGAAUAUGCUCCUGGUGGAGAGAUAUUUGAUCAUCUAGUAAGAAAUGGAAGAAUGCCAGAACCAGAAGCAAGAAGAAUUUUUCGUCAGAUUGUUCUUGCUGUUCGUUAUCUUCAUCAUCAAAGGGUUGUUCAUCGAGAUCUUAAGGCUGAGAAUUUACUACUUGAUGCAGACAAUAAUAUAAAACUUGCAGAUUUUGGAUUUAGUAAUGAAUAUACUCCAGGUGUUCCACUUAGCACUUGGUGUGGGUCACCUCCGUAUGCUGCUCCAGAAAUCUUUGAAGGAAAGCAUUACGAUGGCCCAAGGGCUGAUGUAUGGAGCCUUGGUGUUGUCUUAUAUGUAUUGGUUUGUGGUGCAUUGCCAUUUGAUGGACCCACAAUGCAGCUACUACGCUCUGUAGUAAUCUCAGGGAAAUUCAGAAUACCAUUUUUUAUGUCUGCAGAAUGCGAAAAGCUGAUUAGACAUAUGUUAGUGGUAGAACCAGAACGGCGUUUAAGUAUCUCACAAAUCUUAGCACAUUCUUGGAUGGGUGGAGAUGGUGUAACAGAACCUGAGCCAGGAGGGUGUAGCCCCGAAAAUGUGCCACCGCAGUUAAAUCAGAUAGUAAUAGAUAAUAUGUUAACAUUACCUGGACUUACAGCGGAAACAUUAUUAAAUGCAGUUCAAGGAAAUGCUUUUGAUCAUGUAUCAGCAAUAUAUAAUCUUCUUGUUGAUCGAUUAGAACCAACAAUGCCUAGUUUACCGAGUAUACAAAGUAUACCGGGAGAUUAUGCUCCUGAUGGAGCACAUCAGUUAGAAAAAUUCGGCGAUACAGAAGCAGAAACAGAGGAAAGAAGUGGAAUGCAACUUUCACCUGGCACACCUUAUCACACAACAAGAAGACAUACAGUUGGACCUGGUGAUACAGCACAUCAGCCACCAACACAAUAUCCGUACAACUAUAAUCAUACCUCAGGCGAUCCAGCGUUACGGCUUCUUCCUAUACUACAGUGUAAUAACACUGAUCCUCAGGUGUUACCUCAUACAAAUCUGGCAUUAAACCUUCCUUUAGUUCAACAUCAACCUCCUCAAAACUUUCAAAUCAAAGAUCAACAUUUAUUAAAACCACCUCCUGUUAUGGGAGCAACCGGAGGUUUUGGAAGAAGAGCUUCGGAUGGUGGGGCUAAUCUUCAUGUCUUUUAUCAACAACAUGGCAGUAAUUCUAGCGGUGAAGAUGGAGGAUGGAGUCAACCUGGAAGUAGAGAACAUCUACAACCUAUACAAAGUGGGAGUCCAACGCUUGUACCAUGUGCUCAGUCAUUAAAUGUAGGAGUUAACAGUGGAAAUGGAGAUGCGAAUGGCAAUAACAGUGGAAGUGGGAGUGGAGGUAGUGAUAGAAGAAGACGAAGUGGUCUUACUACCGUCAUGCAAAGACCAGUUAUAAAUCCGGAAAUGGUAAUGGAGGUGGAAGCUAGGAUGAAUAGAGCUUAUCUUCCAUCACGGCUCUUACCAACUCACCUUAGAGGAUCAACACUUCCGCACCAUAGGAAGACUUCCUUGUAUCAUACUAGCACUGUAGGAAAUAGAGAUUCAUACAAAGAACCAAGUACUCACGUUUCUACAGAACGAUACUCACCUGUUCGGAGAGCAUCGGAAGGUUCCGGCCCACCUGGACCUGGGAUUCAGGCACUUCAACAAGAAUACCAACAGUUGCAGAGGUUAGCAUCUCCGUCGCAUAGCCCCGCGAGUAUUCCUGGAUCUCCUGUGCAUGAAAGAGGAGUAGCCGCAAUCAUACAAGGAUUAAGUGGAUUAACGACAGCAGUUCAGGGCAGUAUAGUCCAUGGUACCCCGACACAGCCACCAGCAACACCAUUAGAUUUGAGUCCACUAAGGCAUCAUAGAUCACCAGCUACUACACCAGUUAGUUAUUCACCUAGUAAUAGUCCAGCUUUAGAUAUGAUUCAAGAAGAACAUCCUGUAGAAAUAUCAAGAGUACCGCCUCAAAUAUCCGUAACAGAUCUUGGGGGACAAGUAACACUUAUCAGUUGUUCACCUUCGCCAUCUCCAUCCCCUGACUCACUCGAAGACACAUUACCUCAUUAUAGUCCACUUCCCAGUUUCAUGAUCUCCGAACCGUGCGAUUCGUCGAGGCCCAGCAUCACGCGUGGUAUUGGUAGGCCAUUGAAUACAUCAAUACCUACGGAAGUUGAAGUUACAUUAUCAGAUGAAUCGAGUAGGUUGAAUUCUGAAGCUAUAUUAGGUCGUGUAAAACAAAUAAUAGAUGCAAGAGCCCCUCCAAAGGGAUUUAUCUUCUCUAGAGAAGAAGUGAAAGGUAGUGGGCUUAGUUUAGAAUACCCCGGUGGUGUUCAGAUCGAACUUAGAGUAUGUGAAUCCGAAGAAAAGGAAGUAAAAGGCAUUAAAAUGCGAAGAAUUAGUGGGGACCAAUUACAAUACAGUCAACUUUGUCAACAGCUGAUCUCGUGCAUUACCGUUUGACGACAACCAGCAUAUAAUAUAAUGUUUUUCUUAUAUGUUACGUUACAUUCCUGGUGCCACACACCACUCAUUACAGUAUUGCACAUGCAUGUGCAUACGUACGAGCAGUACUUGAAGCAUACCAUUCUUUAUAUUAAUACAUUCAUAUAUAUAAAAUUCAGUGUGCUUCACUUCUGAAUGUUCUUUUUUUUUUCUUUUUUGUUUUGAUUAAAAAAGAAAAGAAUUCACGUUAACUUAUGCAUAAUAUAAAGUUAGAAAAGGAAACGUUAUAAUAAUCUCUUAAAGUCUUGGUAUUAAGACUUUAAAAGAUAUACAAAAUAUGUAUACUUUUACGUAAGCGAAACACAGUGUUUUGCUGUUUUUAAACGAUCUAAGUAUUAACAAAACAAGACGAUUUUCAUAAAAGUUUAAUUGUUAAUGUACAUCACACACCAUUCCUUUUUGGUAGAAUGUUUGUCUUCAUGUUAGAAGUUCAUAGGUAGUAAAUUCAUAUUCUACUGUUUAAAUCAUCAGCAGGUGCCCUUUUUUAGCUUAGGUAAAAAGAAAAACAUUUUUUGUACCGAAUUAGAUGGCAAAAUGGAAACAGUUCACAAUCCGUGUAUUUCUAAAACGACGGAAAUAUUUUAUAUCAAUUUUACUACGUUUAUUUUAUUAUUAAACGGUUUAAUUUCCUAAUACAUAUUCCAUGUUUGUAAAUAUUCGUUUUAUAAAGAUCGCAACCUUUUCUUUUAUGUUAUUGGAACUGGAAGAAUUGCCCUCUUGUUUCUGGUACAAAUAUCAUUUUGUUGGAUAAUUUGAUAGUUAGAAGUAUAUACAUAAUCUUUUAUAUAGUGCAAAUACUUUAUUGUGGUUUGUAGUUGAAAAACUACAUAGACUGAGUUACGAUUGUAUAUCUUUCUUUUUUAAAAAUCAUAUAUUGCGUUUACUGCAAUUUAUAAGCGAAUGAUAUUUGCUUAAUAUCAUAAUCAACGAUUUUAUUAAUUUUUAAAAACUAAAACAAAUCGGCGUAGGAGAAGUAUACUUUCCACUUGAUAUGCUUAUAAAGCAUUUUUAAAUCAUUUAAAAAGGAAAGUAUGCAACCUAGCUCUCCUUGUGUAACCAAAGAGUUGAGUUGCUUUUAUACUGUUAAAUACGAAACGUAUUUUUUACUGUUCGUAUUCUAAAAAUAAUAUGUGAACAUCUAUAGUAAUGACUAGUUAUCAUAAAAUGAAAUUGUAAUUAGGUUGAAACAUAUUCUUACUACUCUAUUGCAAUGAUUAGAUAAAAGACAUUAUAUUAGUGUCGUGUAUGAAAAGAGCUAGAGGAUUUUAUUCGUUUAACAUAAAAUAUUUUUCUAAAUUUAUUUGUUUAUGAAUUAAGCAAAAAAUAUACAAAGAAACAUUUCUUGUUUAGAGUACAAGUUAUAGUGAUUGUUUUACAGAAUACAACUUGUAUAUUUUAUUUUAUUUAUAUUAUCAUAUUACUAUAUUUGACUUCUCUUUUUUGAAGCAAGUACAUACUUCAAUAAUUAAUCUUUUUACUUUUGUGUUAUACCUAAUAAUCAUGUUCAAAUAUAACAUUGUUAAAUCAAUAUUAUUUUAUGAUAAAUAUACAAGCAAAUAUACACAAGUUGUAUUCUGCAAACGAAUUAUGUAGCAUCGUAGUUCUUGUAUUAAUACAUUUUCUGUUUGAGUAUUCCAAUUUAGAUCAUGGGUUAAUUUAAGAUUUUUUAGAAGUAAUAGUACUUCUACAUUUAUGUAAAUAACGAAAUUUAAUGUAAAUACAUGAUAUAUACUAUUUAGAAAUUUCUAAAUUAUAUAUAUUAUACAGGCUAUUCUAUUUGAGCUAACUAUUUUUCAUACUCUCACUUCGUUAAAACAUAAAUGAUUUUACAAUAUAUUUUAUUAUCAAAUUUUCAAUAGGAAUAUGUACAUAUGAACUAUAUAUCUAAUGAACAUUAUAGUUCGAUUUCAAAAAAAAACCAAAAAGGUAUUCAUAUUAUUUAAAUCAAACUAUGAAUUUACAUGAUUUCUGAUUAUAUAAACUGAUUAUAUCCUUAGUUAGCCAAGUGAGAGUAGCCUUUUAAAGCUAUACAAUGCCCAAUUUCCAUCAAGUAAUUAAUUGUUUAAUUCAUGAUAUAUUUUAUUUUAGAUCAUUGUAAAAAAUAAUGAUUUUGGGUAUUUCCUAUAUUAAAUACCUAUUAUCAAAGAGCAUAUCUGCUAUCUUAUAAAGUAUGUUAUUAAUACAUAAAUUACAAUUGGUUACACUUCUGGAGUAUACCUGCAAGAAUAUCUUGAAGCAAUAAUUUAUUUCUAUAAAAAGAAUUUGCUAAAUGACAUUUCAAUUCUAUUUUCGCAUUUUAUAUAUAAUUAAAAAUUUUAUAAUAUAUUUUAUGCAUUAUAUUAGUUUGGGUCUUCCUAAUAAAUCAUAAUUUAUUUUACAGCAUUGGAAUAUGUAGUUUGAUGAUAAAGUAUGCAUAUUAUGCAAAUUACAAAAUCUAGAAUACCAAAAAUAUUGUAAAAUGUUUUGUUUUUAUGGCAUACUUGGGAGUGCAAUUAUUUAUGAUAAACAAUUGUAUGUUGAUGGAAAAUGGGCUAAUAACACUAUCAACUACGCACAACAGUGCAUACCAAUGGAAAGUUUAGAUCAACAUAAUUCAAACUAUUGUAAAUAACACUAUACAUAAUUAUUCAUUUAGGAUACAUACAGUGUGUAUGUAUGCAGAAACAAAACUAUGUACAUUGUAAACAUUUACUAUAUGGAUAGGAUACAGAUAGUAUUUUCUGCUGUCAAUUCUUCAACUAAGACUGUGAUUUUUAAUAUACUAAUGGCUAGGUAGAUACAAUACAUAUUGAUUGAAUAUGAUAAAAUAAAAGAAAUAUUCAAGA